UUGUAGCAAAUUCAAAAUCACCUAGAGAUGGUAAACAUAUUGAAAAAGUUGGUGUUUAUGAUCCAAUUCCUGGACCUGAUGGCGUUAAGAAUAUCGAAUGGAAUGUUGAUAGAAUUAAAUAUUGGAUAUCUUGUGGAGCUCAACCUAGUGACACUGUAGCAAAACUUUUAUCGAGGGCUGGUGUUUUGCCGCCUCUACAAAAGGCAUGGAAUAAGACUGUCAAAUCUAAUGAUCCUGAUUGA